GCCGCAUUUGCUACGCAAAACAUGGAAUACUUUAAAAAUUUCAAGAGUAGAAUAACACCACAAAGAGCACAACCUAGUCAUGCUGAACAGCUAGCGAAAUUUCGUAAAUGCUGGGCCUAUGUGCAGGGAACGGUUAUAAAUAAUGAAGAAAAGGAAAAAAAACCAGUGGAAAUUGUUGACAUAAUCGAGAUCGCAGAACGACUCAAAAAUAUGGUGGACCUUCUCGUGGAUGAAGGUUUACGUUUGGAAGACGUUAACACUGGAGUCUGUAUGGAAGAAUUUUUACGAAAUAAUAUUUUGUCUGAUUUGGUUGCUCUUUCCGAGAAAGAUUAUCCACUUGGAAUCCGUGGUGAAGUAAUUCGUACUGUCGCUAGUUUGAUCGAUCUGUUGGACGAUAGAUUUCUCGUACACAAUGCUGUGCAUCAGCCAACAGUCAGACUUUUACGCGAUUGUGUGCAGAAUGAACAAAAUGAAAUCUAUCAUGAAGAUUUAGUGGAUUUAAUGUACAUCAUUUGUUCAAAAAUUCAUGGCUUUCCAGCUUUACUUAAUAUAUUUUUUCAUAAUACUCAUUGGCUCACUACCCCUCAAAAAGCAGCUUCAAAAACUCCAUCUACACUUGCAAAACCGACAAGCGUAUCUUCCAAUAGUAGUCAAGAUGGAAAUCCAGAUGAUAGCGCUUCAAUGAUGACCACAAACAGUAUAGUGACUCAAUCUUCUGCUAAAACAACAGAAUUCACCGAAGAGCCAGAUAAACCUGAAUACGAAUUUUUAUUGUUUACAUACUUAUUGAGAUUCGUCCAUCGGGAAGGUAGAAGUGGGGACUUUGCACGAACAGGUUUACUCUUUAUCAUGGAACUCGCCGUAGAUCAGCUAGGCGACUUUAUUGUAGAAAGUGAUUUUGCCACAAUCAUGUCUGCCGGAUUAGGUGCACUUUAUUCGCAACUUCCCCGAAAACUAAUGGUUAAGAGUUCGGGCGGAGGAUUGACGAAUGCCACCCUACUAGGAUUUGGUGAUAACACAAGUACAGAAUUGGAACGACUACGUAUAGGCGGAAUUGAAGUUUCAUCAUCACCUCAAUUCAUAUUACAACUCGAUUCUUUCUUGAAACUUUUGGAAUUCUGUCAGGAUGUAUUGAAUCGAUGUCCAAAUCCGGAUAUUUCCUUGGACUUAUUGAAGAAUAUUAAAUCCUUAUUUUUAGAGAAUAUUUUAUAUCCCUCUAUUUUGGAGUGUUCUGACACGGAUGGCUCCGCUGUCGCAGUCAUAUCUUAUAUUGAUAUUAUACUACAGACAUUGGAACAAGAGGAAUUGGUCGAGGUGGUGGUUGGAUUUUUAAUGGACUCGGAUAAUGAUGAUGAAGAUUUUUGGAAAAAGAGCACACUCAAACAAAAAAGGCAAAGUACUAUCAAUCUAUUCGCUGGUGUAGAAGCAAGUUCAAUCACAUCACCACCUUAUUUUAUUACUGCCGGUCGUUUCACCUUAAAAGAUUUGAUCUUUUCACGUCUUAAAUCGUCCUCACAACAGACUGUCAUUUCUGCCCUUAAACUUUUACACACUGUGAUUUCGAAACAUUGUCGAUACUCGUUGAAAUUAUUGCAUAUCGAGUUAGAUGAGAAUGCUACUUGCUUCCCACGCCCGAAUUAUCUUGAAGACAUGCACAACCUUGAAGAGUUCGGAUCACCAAACAGUAUUUCACCCACACAAAAACUUACCACUAUUAGUCAUCACUCACGGGAAUUAGAUUUAUUCUUUAGUCUCAUCACGACAAUAGAUCCGAAACAGAAUAUGAAAAUAUUCAUUAAUGGAUAUGAUUGCUAUGUUCGAGAUGCUGAAGCGACAAUUGAGGCAGAUUUGUGUUAUCGUAACGGACAAGACGUUGAAUGGACAGAAGAAGGACCGAUCAAACCAAGAGGAUCUAAGAACACGAGGCAGCCGAUUCUAACAUAUAAAAGGAGCGGGAAAAAAGAUUCCGAUAAAGGAAUAUCUACUGUCCCUAAACAUCGUCUAAAUCCUACCGACCGGUUAAAUCCGAAUGAUUCGCUCCUUCAAAUUCUUAUUGGCACCUUAUCCAAUUUCUUUGCUCAUUCUCCCGAAUUAAACCUUGCACUUACCGGUGUUAUUUCCGCAUUGGCAGUUUGCCCCUAUCGUUCGCUUGAAGGUUGGCUUGUAUUCAGCGGUGUUGAUCGUCUUGAUAAAAGUGAAUCAAUCGUGCGAGAUUCAGAUAGUAUACACAAUGAGACAAGAAUAAAUGAUAUUAGUUUGGGACCUGCCAAUCAUGAUAGUAAUUCUGAAAAUGAAGAUAAAAUUAAUGAAUUCGACGACAACGAUGAUCGGUCGGUCGAUUACAAUGCCGACAAAAAUCCAUCAGCUGCCAAGGCUAUUGGUGCAAUUCCAUCGUGGGCAAACUUUCCUCCUUUUUUUACUAUCUUUCAGACUUUAACUCAGCAAGUUGCUUCUUAUCGUAGUGAAAUUGAAGAAUUUGAUCAGUACCUUGAAGAACGUCGUAAUGGAUUGCUGGGCGCUGAUGAUGAAAUAGACGAAAACUUUUUCAAAUCACAAUCAUCUUCCAUCGCUGCACCUGCUCGAACUCGUAGAGCAAGUAGCGCAAAUCAUACAACUCCGACUAUUAUGACUCCAAGUAACUCACUCACGGUCAGCCCAUCAAGUAAGACUCGUAAUCUGAAGAGAUCUAAUUCUAUCCAAGGAGAUGCUUUGUCCGUGAAUUCCUCUAUCAAUUCUCCCUUGUCAUCUUUCAAAUCUUCCUCGAUGUCUUCAAACAUUAUCACGCCAUUAUACACCCAUGUCCUCAAGACGGAAAGUAUAAAGAUCCAGCCACUUUUCCCAAAUCAUUUCACGAGUACCAAACCAAAAGAGACCAAACCUAAAGAAAUUACGUUAAGUUCUUUAUUGAAUAAUGUUGUGAUUUUAGAAGAAGCUGUGAAAGAAUUAGUGGCGAUUGUUCAAGUUAGGCGAAGUUUAGGUAUUGAUGAAGUUAGAUACCUAUAA